ACCUAUUCUCAUACAGGCACUUGGGGUUUCAUGUAAAUCAACCAGACGUUCUGUCAUUCACCGGCAAUAUCCCUCCAUAGUAUUCUACACCCAUGUGCCUUCAUGAAAUAUUUCACUAUGUUUGUGGAAGAAAUAUUCAAAUGAAUGUGCUUUUUCAGGAAUGGUGACACCAGAAUGUUAUAAAUCCGUUCAUUACCACAACAAGGAUAAAUGGUAUUUCUGCCAAAGACUUUUGAUAGCCGGUACAGUAAUGAAUCUCAGCACUUUCUGAAAUUAAAGGUCUGCCCUGAGAGAGCUCAUUUCAAUUCUCUGCAAAGGAUUUAAAAUGGAAUGCAAAAAUCUCAGGUAGCCUCUGUUUUCAUUUCAGUCUCAACUUUUUUAUUUACAUCUCAAGUUUCUUUUCAAAACAGUCGAGAACUGAAACGAAUGGGGAUUGAACUGCUUUGCCUGUUCUUUCUAUUUCUAGGAAGGAAUGAUCACGUACAAGGUGGCUGUGCCAUGGGAGGGGCAGAAACCUGUGAAGACUGCUUACUCAUGGGACCUCAGUGUGCCUGGUGUUCUCAGGAGAAUUUUACCCAGCCUUCUGGAGUUGGUGAAAGGUGUGAUACCCCAGCAAAUCUUCUUGCAAAAGGAUGUCAACUGAACUUCAUCGAAAACCCUGUCUCUCAAGUAGAAAUACUUAUAAACAAGCCUCUCAGUGUAGGCAGACAGAAAAAUAGUUCCGACAUUGUUCAGAUUGCACCUCAAAGCUUGAUUCUUAAACUGAGACCAGGUGGUGAACAGACUCUGCAAGUGCAAGUCCGCCAGACCGAGGACUAUCCUGUGGACUUGUAUUACCUCAUGGACCUCUCGGCCUCCAUGGAUGAUGACCUCAACACAAUCAAAGAGCUGGGUUCCCUGCUUUCCAAGGAGAUGUCUAAAUUAACGAGCAACUUUAGACUGGGCUUCGGCUCUUUUGUGGAAAAACCUGUCUCCCCUUUCAUAAAAACAACACCAGAAGAAAUUGCCAACCCUUGCAGUAGUAUUCCAUAUUUCUGCUUACCUACAUUUGGAUUCAAGCACAUUUUGCCAUUGACAAAUGAUGCUGAAAGAUUCAAUGAAAUUGUAAAGAAUCAGAAAAUUUCUGCUAAUAUCGACACACCUGAAGGUGGAUUUGAUGCAAUUAUGCAAGCUGCUGUGUGUAAGGAAAAAAUUGGCUGGCGGAAUGACUCCCUCCAUCUCCUGGUCUUCGUGAGUGAUGCUGAUUCUCAUUUUGGAAUGGACAGCAAACUGGCAGGCAUUGUCAUUCCUAACGAUGGGCUUUGCCACUUGGACAGCAAGAAUGAAUACUCCAUGUCAACUGUCUUGGAAUAUCCCACAAUUGGACAACUCAUUGAUAAACUGGUGCAAAAUAAUGUACUACUGAUCUUUGCCGUCACCAGAGAGCAAGUUCAUUUAUAUGAGAAUUAUGCAAAACUUAUUCCUGGAGCUACAGUAGGGCUACUUCAGAAAGACUCUGGAAACAUUCUGCAGCUGAUCAUCUCCGCUUAUGAAGAACUACGGUCCGAGGUGGAGCUGGAAGUAUUAGGAGACACAGAAGGACUCAACCUGUCAUUCACAGCGAUCUGUAACAACAGCACCUUCUUCCCACACCAAAAGAAAUGUUCUCACAUGAAGGUGGGAGACACAGCUUCAUUCAACGUGACUGUGAGUAUACCAAACUGUGAGAAAAGAAGCAGGAACAUUAUCAUAAAGCCUGUAGGGCUGGGGGAUGCCCUAGAAAUACUUGUCACUCCAGAAUGCAUCUGUGACUGUCAGAAAGAAGUGGAAGUGAACAGCUCCAAAUGCCACAAUGGGAACGGCUCCUUCCAGUGUGGCGUGUGUGCCUGCAACCCUGGCCACAUGGGUCCUCGCUGCGAGUGUGGGGAGGACGUUAUGAGCACAAAUGCCUGCAAGGAGGCCCCGGAUUACCCCUCAUGCAGUGGAAGAGGCGAUUGCUACUGUGGGCAGUGCAUCUGCCACUUGUCUCCCUAUGGAAACAUUUAUGGGCCUUACUGCCAGUGUGACAAUUUCUCCUGCGUGAGACACAAAGGGCUGCUCUGCGGAGAUAACGGCGACUGCGACUGUGGUGAAUGCGUGUGCAGGGCUGGCUGGACCGGCGAGUACUGUAACUGCACAACCAGUAUGGACUCGUGCACUUCUGAAGACGGGGCGCUCUGCAGUGGGCGAGGGGACUGCGUUUGUGGCAGAUGUGUUUGCACACACCCCGGAGCCUCAGGGCUGAUCUGUGAACGUUGUCCUACUUGUGGUGAUCUCUGCAACUCUAAACGGAGCUGCAUUGAAUGCCACCUGUCUGAAGAUGUCCAGGCCGGAGAAGAAUGUGCUGACAAAUGCAAACUAGCUGGCGUGACCAUCAAUGAAGAAGAAGAUUUCUCAAAGGAUAGUUCUGUUUCCUGUUCUCUGCAAGGAGAAAAUGAAUGUCUUAUUACCUUCCUAAUAAGCACAGAUAACGAAGGAAAAACCAUCAUUCACAGCAUUAACGAGAAAGAGUGUCCAAAACCUCCAAACAUCCCCAUGAUCAUGCUGGGUGUCUCACUGGCUAUUCUGCUCAUUGGGGUUGUCCUACUGUGCAUCUGGAAGCUGCUUGUGUCAUUUCAUGAUCGGAAGGAAGUUGCCAAAUUUGAAGCAGAAAGGUCAAAAGCCAAGUGGCAAACGGGAACCAAUCCACUGUACAGAGGCUCCACCAGCACCUUUAAAAAUGUAACCUACAAACACAGAGAAAAACAAAAGGUGGACCUUUUCACAGAUGGAUAGAACUACUUUACGCAUGGAAAAAAGUCUGUUUUGCUGAUAUGAAAUGUUAAUGUACUAUUUAAUUUUUAUUUCUUUGUUGCUUCAAAAUGAGGUUGGUUUAAGAUAAUAAUAGGUCAUUUGGAGAUCAGUCAUUCUCUUUAGGAAGGUUAGAGACUAUGUUGGCAGGUUCAAAAUAAUCAAGAAGAGAAAUAUGCUUAGCAAAGGGGUGACUUCGGGGAUUAUUUGAGGUACUCUAAUUCUGUUGCAUUAAUGCCUCAAAAUAAUCAUCAAAAUUAUUUGUUGGGGCCUGAUUUGCAUUGGAAAACUGUUUGAAAUUACGGUCUCAUUUGUUGCUGAAACACCUGAAGUCUUUGUCUCAGCAAAGUCAUGAGUCCAUACGCUCACAUUAAAUUCUCACACUUGCCGAUUUAUUCCAAACUUCUAGUAAAAAUGCCCUUUAUUAAAGGAUGAUUUUUUUUUUAGUUUACGGAAAGUGAGGUUCUGAUUUUACUUCAGCUGAAAGAAUGCAGCUCUUCUAAAGAUGUCCCAAAUGUAAGAAUAAAAAUGAAGUAUUGAUUUCUAUGGCUUUGUCUGAACCUAAAAUUCAGGCACACAAAUAAGUAUAGCUUGUUUUACAGAUGAAGAAGAAGUUAUUUAUAAAGUAGAAAGUCACCAGUAAAAAAUAAAAAUAACAAGCCUAUCAUGUAGAUUAUUUUUGAUUACCCAAAAUAUGCCUCUAUACUCCUUUCCCCCUGAUUCUGAAUUUUUAAAUUAUAGCUUCUCCCAUAUUUCUCGAUCCAUUUUACUUAGUUUCACAGUCUAGCCCCUAUUAUUAUCAUGUGAAAGUUUUAAUUUCUUGUUAAAGAAUCACUUUAAGUGGUUAGUUUAUUUAAGAAGAGCUCCAAUAUUAUAAAAAGAAACAAAAUUUUAAGUGGUUUCUAAUCAAGCACAUCAAGAGUACAAAAGUUCCUCACGAGUAAUAGGCUUUUUGACCUAUAUUCUUUUCCUGUGUAUAUAACCUAACUUGACAUUUCAGCAGCAUAUGGUAAAUAUGUGUCAUAUAUUAAUUUUAAAAAGUAAGAUUUUACUUGCAAAAUACAUAUGGAUCAUUAGGAAUCCAUAGACUAAAGAAAUGAACUCUGUAGAAUAAUAUUUCUUAAAGUAAAUACUACUUUACAAAGCACUUUCUUCUCCUUCAAUGCUUGUAAGGAAUCUAGGGUUCAGAGGGUAAGUAGAAGUGGUCCAGAAUCUAGAUCGUCUAGCUCCAAACCAUGUUGUCUCCCCACAGCACAAGGCUGGCUCCUUUGUGAGUAGAUGAUACAAAGAUUUUGUGAGUUAAGCAGUAACUAUCAUUUGCUUGACUGAACAUAUAGCAUUUAGACUACUGGAAUACAGGCAAAAUCUUGUACUUGUGUGCCAUGAUUAUUACCUUUGAGUAAAUUGUAAUGUAAUGACUUUUACUAGGUGAGGAGUUGACUUUGUGAUAGAGGCUUCAUGCUUAUCCACUGCAUUGGCACAGAGUAAUCUAUGAUAAGUUCAUCAGUCUUAUAGACCUUAAUCACUUGUAGAUCCUUUUUUCUGGUUUCUCAAUAACUCAGGUAAAUCAAACACUUGUGGAGGACACAGCUAUAUUAAAAGAAUUACUAAGCAAUCACCUUGGAAACCUGAGGGGCUGACAUACUCUCUACUUCCUUACUGAAGCCCAAGUUCUGGGGAAAAUCAAGAGCAACAAGGAGGUUGCAAUUCUGAUGACACAACAGUAGUAUUCACCUUGACAUAUGAUAUUGUGUAUUAUUACUGGAAUAGGAUCUUAGAAAAUAUAAGUUUUCCUCUUGUGUAUAUAUAGAGAAGAAUUUGCUAUUUGUCUAAAUAUGGUUUUGACCCAAGGCUGGACCUUGAAAAGGCCAAAACAUUAACAGUAGUACUUCUGUUCACUGAAGAGUUAUGUUACAUGAAGAUAAAAUGGGUUUUGUAAGUUGUUUUAUUGUAUUUCGUGUUGACAUAAAUAAACAUGGUAAUUUAAGCAA